AUUUCUGUUUUAUAAGAGGGGAAAACCAGCUACUGUUUGGAUAACCUUUCUUAUCUCUCAUGGCGCCUGUCUAGAUAAAAGUCCUGUGCUUCACACAAUAUUGUUAUUACAGAAUCUGGAUAGUUAGCAACAUCACUUAAGAUGAAGCACCUGUUAAUACUGUUCUUGGCCGUACUCUCUGCUGGGAGUAAUACUGUUGAUGAUGGGGGCUGUAUAUGUGAUGUGAGUCCUAGCGGUCACAUAGCAAACUGCGAGUACCGUAACUUAACAGCUGUGCCUGAAUGUGUUCCCCGUGAAGUCCAAAUGCUCCUUGUCUCAGGAAAUCCAUUGCUUUUAAAUAAAGAGACUUUCCAUCGUUUUGAAAACCUGACAAAACUUAUCAUGCGAAAAGUAAAUGGAGUAAACACACAUCUGCCAGGGAAUCUGUUUUCUGGAAACCCAUAUAUAGAGUGGAUUUCAAUGGGUUGGAAUAAUUUAAAAUCAUUGCCAAACAACCUUUUUGCUGGCUUGCUUUGGCUGAAGAACUUGGAUUUGUGGGCAAAUGAACUCACAGAAAUACCACUGGCUGUAAGGACCACAACAUCUCUUGAAAUUCUUACCCUGGAUCGGAAUAAGAUUGAGACACUGGAUGUCGAAAUGCUGGCCCCACUUUCCUCACUUAAGAGGUUGAGCCUGCGCCGGAACCCUCUCCGCUGUGACUGCGAGCUGCAGCCCGUCUUCCAGUGGGCCCAGGAGCGCAACGUGACCCACGUACUGACCGCCCAGUGCGAGACGCCAGACAGCCUGCAGGGGCGAACCUUGCUCUACGCUUUCUCCAGUAUGGACUGUGAGCUCUCGAACGACUUGGCUCUUAAUUUAGUCUGAUGGGACCUCAUCAUCAUCAUCAUGACAUCUUAUGUGCCUCAAGACGGAGGCUGACCACACUGUGCUUUUUUAUUUGUUUAGAAGCUAGUGGCCAUUAAUCUUAAGCAAUAAAAUAAAAUGUUCUGAUUGACUGCUAACUUGUUAUAAAUCAAUGCCAGAAAUAUAUCAUCGUUCUUGUUGUAAUAUUA